AUGGAAACUGACCGUACUGUUGUUGGAUGGACUUGGCGGAUUUUUCUUCACGGCUCGCUACUAGCCCUUAUCGUUCGUUAUACAGAUGCCCUUAUUUAUGGAAUUAAAAGCUUAAAGAAAAGUAGUACUCCAGGUUCUGAGAUUGUCCAAUUGCUGCGGAUGCGACAGUACGAAUUAGCUGAUUCUGUAAUGCUACGAAUUAUGGAAGGUUUCAUGGAAUCUGCUCCGCAAUUAAUGCUCCAACUGUAUAUCCUUUUUACUGAUGGAAAUAGCAAGAAUUCAAAAUACCUUCUCUAA